CAAACUUCAGAAAACUUUAGGGACUUGUUUUGUUGAAGAGAUGUUUUUGGUAGCUCUGAAAGCCACGGAGGUUUGUGUUUUUAAUUACAGCAGAGUAGUUAAAUUCACACCUUCAAAUACUUUCUUUGACAUCUGACGUUUUUGUUGACGGUCUUGUCAUUUUUUCCCCUCUCUCCUUUUAAAUGGAUUACUCUUUGCAAAAGAUGCCUUCUGGUACGCCAAGCCUAGACUAGCAUUUAUUCAUUUUGUUUAUAUUAAAUCCAGUUCAACUCUAUGCUGGAGACAGUCAGUCUUUGUCAUGGGAUCAUUUUAUUUUCCUUAAGCAACUUCAAGGGCUUGAUUGAACAUUUGGAUGGCAGGUCUGCAUCUUGACUCGAGGCUGUAAGGAAAGAGAAUAAAAUCUGACCUGAUCUCUAAUAGCUGUCACGGGAAAGGAGCUGAAGAUUCACUAAAAGAAAAGAAAGUACUAACCCUCCUCACUAAAGCUCCAAGACUAACCACAAGAAUUCAAAGCAGCACUUGGAGUUUCUCUCUGAAUCAUUGGAUAGCCUACCAGACGAACACGAGACAGUUCAUUUAUUACCUUACCGGUAAAUGCUUAAAACCAGGGAAGCAUGAUGGAAAGUCUGUGUUUAUAGAUUGCAUAUGGAUUCAUAUUAUUAAGAUGUUCUGUAAUAAUGGACUCUUGUAUUCCACUUGUCAUCACAACAUGCAGAGAAAUCUGGCCAAUAUUUAACAUUUGUUUCACCUUGAGUAGCUCAUGCAGGGUGUGAAUCACGGAGGGUUUUUGGCGAGGGUUUGAACCAUAAAAAGUGCUUAUACUUAACUGUAUAAGUUCAACAGAUCUCUCUGCUUACCGUUAGGGACGCCAAAAUACGUAAGAUGUAACGUUACCUUAAAAGUUUGCGCCUCGAAAAUUACCUUGAGGUUACGUAAAUCCUUUCAAGUUACUUGGAAUUCACACAUCUAGCUCAACUAAUGUCCUCUGCGCAAUAUUCUUUCCUGAUGGUGUGUUUUUUUUUUUUUUUUUACUACAAGAGUACAUAAAUGGCAGUGUAUGAGGAGGUAAAAGCUCGUAUCUGACAGCAGAGCGGCUCAUUCACCUGGUGAACACAGAGCGCCAGCAGCGCAGCCUACGCACUUUGGGUUUGUCCCAUUGCAAGAGACGCGCUCAGUGCGCGGCGCGCCCUCCCCGAGGACAUCCAGCGGACCGGGCGUUAUAGAGGAGCGCACCCGAGCCUCUCAUCUGUCAAUCAACCAUGUGGUUCAUCAAUCUAACUUUGCUCGUUCUCAAGCUGUCUGUGUCUGCGGAGGGAUUCUCCACGUGCCAAUCCUACAGCUUGGACGACCACAAAUCUAAAAGGAUCGAGGCGGUGCGCGGACAGAUUUUGAGCAAGCUGCGCAUCCGGAGCCCUCCGGAUCCCGAAGCCAAUCCUUCACCGGAGUCGGUACCGGUGGAGGUGAUGUUACUUUACAACAGCACGAAGGAGCUGCUGAAGGAGCGCGCGCGCCAGGCCGAAGUCGCGUGCGAGCGGGAGAGCAGCGAGGAGGACUAUUACGCCAAAGAGGUGCAGCGGAUCAAUAUGAUGCCACUGCGCGCAGAUACGAACUCAAUCCACCCGGUUCCUCAGAGCCCGUACUUCAGGAUAGUGGGCUUCGACGUCACCAACGUGGAGCGAAAUUCCAGUACUUUAGUCAAAGCAGAAUUUCGCAUCUUCAGAGCACCAAACCCACAGGCGCGCACCACAGAGCAGCGUGUGGAAAUAUACCAGAUUCUCAAAUCUGAAGACGUGACAGCACCGUCUCAGAGGUACAUUGACUCUAGAACAGUUGAGCCUCGUGCCAAGGGGGCGUGGCUUUCUGUCGACGUCACUGAGACUGUGAAGGAGUGGAUGGCGUUCAGAGAGAGGAAUCUCGGACUCAAGAUCAGUGUUCACUGUCCCUGCUGUACAUUCGUCCCUUCCACAAACAAUAUUGUCCCUAACAAGAGCGAAGAGUUGGAAGCCAGAUUUGCAGGUAUUGAUGACGACAUUAUAAAGCAUAACAGAAGACCAGGCAUGACUUCUGGACAGAUUGAAUUCAGCACAAAAACUCCCCAUUUGAUACUCACCCUGCUGCCCACCGACCGUCUGGACAUUCCCACUAAGAGAAACCGCAAGAAGAGAUCAGCAGCGGACACAUCCAUAUGCUCACGAACUGAUCAGGGCUGCUGUCUGAGGUCUCUGUAUAUCGAUUUUCGUCGGGACUUGAACUGGAAGUGGAUCCACGAGCCAAAAGGGUACAAAGCUAAUUUCUGUGCGGGGAACUGUCCUUACCUAUGGAGUGCAGACAAUCACUACAACAUGAUUAUCCCGCUGUAUAAUAAAAUGAAUCCAGAAGCAUCAGCAUCUCCGUGUUGUGUUCCUCAGGACCUGGAGCCCCUCACCAUUGUUUAUUUCCUAGGCCGAACCCCCCGUGUGGAACAGCUCUCCAACAUGGUGGUCCGGUCCUGCAAGUGCCGUUGACGCAGUGGAAAGAGAAGACAUAGCGUUCUCAGACAGAGCACAGAAAAACAGGUGGAUCAGAGGAGAGCAAACUUACAUCUCAAUGUAUGGCAUCUUAAAGGGAUACUACACCCAAAAUUUUUAACUGUCCUCAUUUACUCAUUUACAUUCCAAAACGGGAUGCAUUUCUUUCUUCUGGCACGCACAAUAUAAUCUGAAGAAUGUUUGGAACCAAACCAUUGACUUCCAUUGUGACACUGAAACAUUUCACAAAAUGUUAUCAUUUAUGGUCUACAGAAGAAAGAAAUGAAUCUUUAUUUUUUUGGGUGAACUAUACCUUCAAACUUGUGGAAAGAGGAAUAGCAUAUAAUCAUACAUCAAGCAUCUUCAAUAAAGGAGCGAUAAUCGUCUCUGCAUUGGUAAUAGUCUAAUAAAUAAGCUUUUUUAACAAGUAUCUCCUCGCAUUUUCAAUAUCGCACACAAAGCACACGUCAGCAGUACAGUUUUUUUUUUUGAUUUUGUACGAAGUUUACUGUAGAUCGGUUUAUAUUUUUGCAAGUGUAAAUAGUUUUCGGUGAUGUUUAUAUGUGUUUAUUUGCUAAAUACAAUAAA